AUGCAAAAUGAACAGCGGAGCUCAGUACACAAGAUGCAGAGGGCCAUCUGUCUGAACCAGGAGGACUUGAAAAUGUCUGUGUGCAGUAACUUUGUGGAGCACAUUUGGAAGCCUGGCUCCUGCAAAAAUUGUUUCUACCCCAAACGUUCCCACAGGCUGCAGGCAUCCCUGGAGCUGGAAGCUAGUAGCUUGCCCUCACGCACCCUGAAUGGAAUUCGAGCCAAAGCUGAGGAUACGCCUCUGGAGGAUGAGUGUGUGAUUGCCGCACCUUACUCGAAGCCAACGAUUGCAGUGAAGCCAACAAUGAUCAACCCAGAUGUUUCUGACGUCUGGGCGGAUGUGAAUAUGAAUGCAGAGAUCUCGCAGGUCAGCUGGAGAAUGGCCUCUGAAAGCCACCUCAUUGUGAAGCCAGGAGAAGCACAAAGGACAUGCCUCGACCAUUUCAGCACCAGUGCUGGGCGAAAGCCCUUCAUUCAUGAUACACCGAAUGACUGUGCUCCUCAGUAUCUCCAAGGCUGCUCCAGGGGGGGCCUGCCCGGCCUGGAAAGCAGAGGGGAAAAAAAUAUCCCCUUCAACCGUUUGGUGUUGGAGGGCGAGAUGGGUGGAUGGGAGGACAGAGCUAUGCUUCGUAACAAGGAGAAGUUCGCCUGUCCACAGAGAGGGUUCUGCCACCAACCCUCCAUCUUUGCUGACCGAAGCACUGAUUCCACCCCGGACUCUACUGGGCGUCCAGCCUUUCGGCAAAGAGAAGGCACAGCAACGCUGUCCUCGGAGAGCAGUGACAACUGCUGUUCUCCAGGCUUUGAGAGCGAGAGCGGGGAGUACUGUUCGAUCACAGACUACUGUAGAGAGAGUCCUGUCCCACCAGACGCGCCGUGUCCAGAGAGCCAGGUGGCAUGGCGUGACAACCACCCCGGGGAAAACUCAGGUGACCCUCGAAGCACCGUCCCGGCACCCCACCAUGCCCCUCACACACAGCCUGCCCACGGUGAGCCCAUUUAUGCCGAGAGCACCAAGAGAAAGAAGGCGCAGCUAAAUCAUUCUGGCGCGCAAACAAAGCGAGAGGGGCCGGCCCGCAGCCCUCUCAAAGAGCAGGCCCAUGGCCCGUGGCGAGAUGGGGUGCGGUACCUGAGCAGCGAAAGGGAGUACCAGGAUUCAGCCACACAGGUAGCAGCAAGGAUUACCAUUAUGGCAGCGCACACAGAGGAGGAUAACAGGACAAUAUUUCUGAGCAGCCCGGACUCAGCUGUUGGAGUCCAAUGGCCCUGCGCUAGCCCCACCUCUCAUCCAGACUUUGCGAUCCCUUCGCCUUCCUUUGGGCACAGAGAGGGCUCUCAAGCCGGCAGUGAGAUGGGUUCGGGUGAAAGCAGCCCGAGGUUUCACCAGCAAACGCACAGCAAGGGCAUCGUUAAUGAGAGUCCCGCUGUUCCCCCAAAGAUGUCCACAAGCAGCCCGCCUGACAGCGAGGGGACUCCCAUGCCUUCAGUCAAGCCUCCCGGGGCAGAACUCUGUGACAGUAAUGGCCACGGUGACCCCAGCAGCCAAUUCUCAUCAAGGAACUGUACAGAUCCUAGUGCCUUAGGGACACUGCCUUCUCUCUGCUCUCAUAGUAACAGGGUCUCUGCAGAGGACCCCAACAGGGGUCCUCCAGCCUCGUCCUAUGAGAGGAGGCAUAAAUACUACGGUGCAGGAUGGAGCAGGCAGUGCCGGAUAGAGGAGGAAGAGGAGGAAGAACAGGGCUUUUUAACCUGCACACAGGCCAGGGAAGUGGAGAAUGGAACAGCUUGUCCCCAUCCCGUGGAAGACUGCUCUGGGCAGGAAAAAAAGACUGGGAUGAGCAAAUCAGCAUCUUUUGCUUUUGAUUUCCCUAAAGACAGCAGUGAAACUGAGGAAUUUGCACCUCCACCUCCACCUCCAAAGAAACAGCCCAGGCACGCUUUGAAAAUGAACAAGAGUAGCUCUGAGCUGGAGAAGGUUAGCAAUGGCUCCGCAGAGAGCCUCGGCCCACCUUUCCGAGGGAUCCACGUCAGCUUCGUGGCUGGCUCCACAGACAGCCUCAACUCUGACACAAGGACUGCCAGUGAUGGAGGCUCCAGUCAGGACAGGUCUCAGGGCACACUGCUACAGCCACCUCCUCUGCCACAGAAGAAAACAGUAAGCCGAACGGUUUCAUCACCUGAUGGCUUUUGCUGGGGCCAAGCCUCUCUGGGUAGAACAGCGAAUUCCACCAGCCCCAGACUGAACAUCAGUCACUCCGAAAGCAACGUCUGUGUCCGAAGGGAAUCCCCGUUCGGCUACUCCUCUCACGUGGGAAGCAACCACCACACGUUCUCCUCCUCGGAAUCUCUGGAAAACGCCUGCAAAGGAAACAGCCAUUGGGGUCCGACUUCAAACAAGAGCAGUAGCGCCUGCGUCCAGAACAGAAACCUGCCGCCAUUUUCAUCCUCUCAGCUCAGUGUGUCCAGCCAGGUUUCCUCAGUCUCCACCCUUCAGCUCCACAAUCUGCUCAGCAAUCUUGACAGCAAGGAGGGGGUGUACGCCAAAUUAGGGGGGCUUUAUGCCGAAUCCUUGCGCCGCCUCGUUGCAAAAUGCGAAGACUGUUUUAUGCGUGAUCAGAAAAAUGAACUGCAUUUCAAUGAGAACAACUGGUCUCUCUUUAAGCUGGCAUGCAACACGCCCUGCUGUGUUUCUGGAGAUGCCAUCUAUUACUGUGCCACCUGUUCAAAGGACCCUUCCAGCACCUAUGCAGUGAAGAUUUGUAAAACUCAAGAAUCCAAAGUGUCUGCUUCGUACCACAGCCCCUCAGUGCCAGUUCACUUCAACAUCCAGCAGGACUGUGGGCACUUUGUAGCCUCUGUACCCUUCAGCAUGUUGCUCUCCUCCGACGUAGCAAAAAGCACUUCUCCUCCGGAUGGCCCCAGCCUCUCCUGCUCUGCUAGCGAACGGGAUUGUGUGGUCGUCAUCACCCGCGAAGUGCCCCACCAAACUGCAGCCGACUUCAUGAGGGAUGCGGCAACUUGCCAUCAAACCAAGCCGGAGGUGUACGAGCGGCGCGUGUGCUUCCUGCUCCUCCAGCUCUGCCAUGGCCUGGAGCAUCUCAAGGAGCACGGCAUCAUACACAGAGAUCUUUGUCUGGAAAACUUGCUGCUAGUUCACUGCAAGCCUCUGACUGGCUGCAGUAAAACCAAAGAUGAAAAGCACUUGCCCAGGCUCAUUGUGAGCAACUUUUUGAAGGCCAAGCAAAAGCCGGGUGCCGGGGACUCCAAACUGAAAAAGAGCCAGGCCCGGCUGGCCCCAGAGAUUGUGUCGGCCUCUCAGUACAAAAAGUUUGAUGAAUUUCAGACGGGCAUCCUCAUCUAUGAACUUCUCCACCAGCCCAACCCUUUUGAGGUGAGGGCCCAUCUCAGGGAACAGGAGUACAGCCAGGAUGACCUCCCCCCGCUCCCCAGCCUGUCCAUUUACUCCCGCGGGCUCCAGCAGCUCGCUCACCUGUUGCUGGAAGCCGACCCCAUCAAACGCGUCCGCAUCACAGAGGCAAAACGGAUCCUGCAGUGUCUGCUCUGGGGUCCCAGGAAAGAUUUAACAGACCAGCCUCUUAACCACGAAGAAGCCCUCUAUGGUGCUCUCCAGAACUGGAUCGACAUGAAACGGGCGCUGCUGAUGAUGAAAUUUGCCGAGAGGGCAGUGGACACUGAGCGGAGCGUUGAACUGGAGGACUGGCUCUGUUGUCAGUAUUUAGCGUCUGCAGACCCAGCUUCCCUCUUUAACACACUGAAACUCCUUCAGCUGCUCUGA